AACACAGAAAAAAAAUCGCGGAAAAGGAGAAAGAAACCAGGCGACUCUCGGCCGCACUCCGCCCACUGCGAGUCUGCGACGGUGCGACCUCUCUACCUCUCUCUCUAGUCUCUCCCCCCGACGAGAGCUCCCCCCUCGAUGGCGUCGCAGAGCACCAAGCCCGCGCAGGCCGCCGCCGAGCCGUCCCCGCCGGCGGCCACCGCAGCAGCGGGGGAGGCGCCGCCGGCUCCGAACCCCGCGUCGGCCGCCACGCCAGCCCAAAACCCUACCGCUGCCGCGGGGGCGGCCGCUGGCGGGGCCACGGAUCUGGAGAAGAAGAUGCGCCGCGCUGAGCGGUUCGGGACGGCCGUGGUGAUGUCCGAGGAGGAGAAGCGCAGCAGCCGCGCCGAGAGGUUUGGGACUGGAUCUUCAAAUGAAAAGGCGGAGGAACAAAAGAGGAAGUCCAGGGCUGAGAGAUUUGGCCUUGCCUCAUCUUCUGCUGACGAAGACGCUAAGAAAAAAGCUCGUUUAGAACGAUUUGGUCAGAGUACAAAUGUUGACAAGGGGGAAGAAGAGAAAAGAAAGGCACGAGCUCUUAGGUUUGCAGAAACAUCUAGUGGACCAUCUCAAGAAAAUGGCAAAGACAGCUCCAAGCCGACGCAGGACGCGGCCACUGUGGCAGGCACGGCAUAAUGGAAGCACUCCCUGCCUUUUGUGAGAUCUCGGACAUGGCCCUUACUUUUGGGGUGAAGCCGUAGUUUGUACAACACUAACGACAUCAGUGGCAUCAUGUUUUCUCCUAGCCAUGUUGAGUGCUAUUUACUGUGUUGACUUGCUUACGGUACUUCCCUAGCAGUGUAGCUUGACUUGCUGCUUGGUUUGGGAUAAUACUGUACUUUUGUUACCUCCCUCUUUUAAUGACCAUGGCUCCUUAGGUAUGUACCAGUAGUAACUUAUGUUGUUGUAGUUAGCUUUUAAGACGUUAUCGUAUUCUAAGUUUUAGAUGCUUCCUUCGUGUUACAAAAUGACAUACGCAACAAUGCCAAUGUCUUGGCAGCGGGGCAUGUGAAUAUCUGAUGAUGCAUUUCGUUAGUGCA